AUGAGCGAUGCCGACCGUGACUCGUCACAGCCGGCCGAAUAUCGCAUUCCUUCCGAAUCACCGGAGCCGGAUGCUGCUGACGACUCUUAUAAUACGGAGUCACCCAGUGUCGCGGAUGAUGACGACGAUAAAGACCAUGACUCCCAGAUGGAAAAUACGGAUGACAGAACCAGCCCCUCGAGCGAUGAAAACUCUUCAUCACCCGAACCAUCUCGUGGGAUGAAACGUAAAUCACCGUCGGUCGAUGAGUCCGAGUAUAUCAGACAGAAUCCCGACCUUUACGGACUCCGUCGAAGUGGGCGUGCGCGUAUAGUUCGCCAAAUUGCCGCUUCUCCCUCGGACUCGGAAUCCGAUGCCGUCGCUCCACGCGUCAAACGAAAACGUGUCGUCGCUUCCCAACAGUCGUCUAAACGCCCCUCACGCUCCGCAACUCGCUCCUCUUACUCAGAAUCGGACAGUGAUGAGUAUGGUGGCAGCCGUAACAAAGCCAGGCGUCGUCGUAUCCUCCAGGCGGUGAAAAACAACGAACCUGUUCAUGCCGAAGUCCGUUUCUCAACACGUAACGCCUCGAAGGUGUCCAACUAUAAUGAAGAUGAUGAAGACUCUAUGUUUGAAGAUGAACCGGAGUAUUCGGCUCAGAACUAUUGGGUCAACGAGGUGGAAGAUAACCGCCCUGCUGUCGACGUUGUUCUCAAUCAUCGCUUGAAAGCUGAUGUCGAGUCUGAAGGUCCCAAUGUUGAUCGUCACGAUUUCGAAUAUUACAUUAAAUGGCAGGGCAAGUCGCACUAUCAUGCAACAUGGGAGACCACAGAAACUCUUGGCAACUGUCGCAGCACCCGGCGCCUGGAUAAUUAUGUGCGAAAAGUUCUUUCUCAAGAGAUCCGUCUCAACCUCGACGGCGAUGCCGCUCCAGAGGACCGCGAGAAGUGGAAUCUUGACCGAGAGCGCGAUGUUGAAGCAAUAGAAGAUUACAAGAAAGUAGAGAGGGUAAUCAGUUCGCACGAGACAGAAGAGGGCACCACUGAAUACCUUGUCAAAUGGAAGCGCCUCUUCUAUGACUCUUGCACGUGGGAGAGCGAGGGACUUGUCAGUACCGUCGCCCAAACCGAAAUCGACCGAUAUUUGGACCGCUCUUCUCGCCCUCCCGUCUCCGAUAGGACCGAAUCAAACCCGGCGACUCGAGCCAACUUCGAGCCCAUCAAAGGCACCCCGAGUUUUCUACAGAAUGGAGAGCUCAAGGAUUUCCAAGUGAAAGGCCUGAAUUUUAUGGCUUUCAACUGGGUCCGGAAUCGCAACGUCGUCCUCGCAGAUGAGAUGGGUCUCGGUAAAACUGUUCAAACUGUUUCCUUCAUCAACUGGCUACGCCAUGUUCGGAACCAACAGGGUCCAUUUGUCGUCGUCGUACCUCUUUCCACUAUGCCAGCUUGGGCAGAAACCUUUGACAACUGGACCCCAGACCUGAAUUACGUCGUGUACAACGGGAAUGAGGCUGCCCGCUCAGUGCUUCGGGAGCAUGAGUUGAUGAUCGACGGCAAUCCAAAACGUGCCAAAUUCCAUGUGUUGCUGACUACAUAUGAAUAUGUUCUUCUUGACUCGGCCUUUUUGAGCCAGUUCAAGUGGCAGUUCAUGGCGGUCGACGAGGCUCACAGACUGAAAAAUCGUGAUUCGCAGCUCUAUACCAAGCUCCUCGAGUUCAAGUCCCCUGCUAGACUCUUGAUCACCGGCACCCCCAUCCAGAACAAUCUCGCGGAACUCUCUGCCCUUCUCGAUUUCCUGAAUCCCGGAAUGAUCGAUAUCGAUGCUGACAUGGAUCUCAACGCGGAAGCGGCUUCUGAAAAACUUGCCGAAUUGACGAAGGCCAUUCAACCUUACAUGCUUCGACGAACUAAAUCCAAAGUUGAAUCCGAUUUGCCACCCAAGACUGAAAAGAUCAUCCGCGUUGAAUUAUCCGAUGUUCAACUCGAGUACUACAAGAACAUUCUGACUAAGAACUAUGCGGCCUUGAACGAGGGUACCAAGGGCCAGAAGCAAUCACUGUUAAACAUCAUGAUGGAGCUGAAGAAGGCCAGUAAUCACCCUUUCAUGUUCCCCAAUGCGGAGUCCAGAAUCCUCGAAGGAAGCACUCGCAGAGAAGAUGUCUUGCGGGCCAUGAUUACCAGCAGUGGUAAAAUGAUGCUGUUGGAUCAGCUUCUAGCAAAGUUAAAAAGAGAUGGCCACCGUGUGUUGAUUUUCAGCCAAAUGGUGAGGAUGCUGGAUAUCCUCGGAGACUACAUGGAAUUCCGCGGGUAUUCCUACCAACGCCUUGAUGGCACCAUUCCGGCAGCAUCCCGGCGCCUCGCGAUCGAGCAUUUCAAUGCUCCCGGUAGCAGCGACUUCGCCUUUAUCCUGUCUACCCGAGCAGGUGGUCUUGGUAUCAAUUUGAUGACCGCAGAUACUGUGGUUCUUUUUGACUCUGAUUGGAACCCUCAAGCAGAUUUGCAGGCCAUGGCUCGAGCCCACCGUAUUGGUCAAACAAAACCUGUCAGUGUGUAUCGUCUUGUCUCAAAAGACACGGUUGAGGAAGAAGUUAUCGAGAGAGCACGUAACAAAUUACUUCUUGAAUUCAUCACCAUUCAACGUGGCGUUACGGACAAGGAAGCAAGCGAGAUUCAAAACAAAAUGGCCCGGGGCGGCAUCACCCUCGGGGAGCCUAAUUCGACGGAAGAUAUCUCUCGAAUUCUCAAACGUCGUGGCCAAAAGAUGUUCGAACAAACUGAUAACCAGAAAAAGCUGGAGCAGCUUGAUAUUGACUCGGUCUUGGAGAAUGCCGAACUCCACCAGACAGAACAGGUUGAGGGCAUCCAAGCGGACGGCGGCGAAGAAUUUCUCAAAGCCUUCGACUUCGUCGAUAUCAAGGUCGAUGAUUUGACCUGGGAUGACAUCAUUCCCAAAGAACAACUCGAUGAACUUAAAGCAGAAGAGAAACGGAAAGCCGACGAACGCUACCUGGCGGAGGUUAUCGAGCAGAAUCGUCCACGCAAACGUCAUGUUCCUAGUGACGAGCGUGAUUCGAGAGAGGAACGCAAGGCGAAAAGGCUAGCGAGAGCACAGGUAGCCAUGGAAAACGAUGAAGAGUCCGAAUCUGGCUCGACUUUGGAUCCUAAACGACCACUUGUGGAGAAGGAAUACCGACAUCUUCUCCGCUCCUACUUGAGAUAUGGUGACAUUGACGACCGGGAAGACGAACUUAUUCGCGAAGCACGCCUAGUCGGUCGCGACAAGGAAACCGUGCGAGCUGCGCUCCGUGAGAUUACCGACAAAGCCUUCUCCCUUGUCCGGGAAGACGCGCAGAAAAUGGAGGCUCUCGAACAGGCGGGCAAAAUGCCGACCAAGAAGGAGAAGAAAGCUGUUCUUUUUGAUCUUCACGGAGUUAAGAGGCUCAACGCUUAUACCAUUGUCGAGCGCCCUCAGGAAAUGCGGAUGCUCAAAGAAGUAACCUCCGCCGCCUCCGAGUACAAGAACUUCAGAGUUCCUGAGGCUACUAAAGCUGCUGACUAUAGCUGUCCUUGGGGUGCUCGCGAAGACGGUAUGCUCUGUGUAGGCAUCGCCCGCCAUGGUUACGGAGCCUGGGCACAAAUCCGAGAUGAUCCAGAUUUAGCUCUGGGUGAUAAACUCUUCUUGGAAGAACAUCGCGUUGAACGGAAGAAUGAGCGACUGAACGGCGAGGACAAGACUACCAAAUCCCCCGGAGCGGUCCACCUGGUUCGCCGAGCUGAUUAUCUUUUGUCGGUUCUGAAAGAUAAAGUUAGCAAUGGGGCCAGCGCGACAGCAAAGAGAGCGGUUGAAAACCAUCACCGAAACAACCGGAAGACCUCGCGAGCCCACACAAGUGCCAGUGUUUCCGCGUCUCCCGCCCCAAGCUCCCGGAAGGGCCAGCGUGAGGUUGAUCGUACCAGACAACGUUCUCAUACCCAUGGUGCCCGGGACAGUGUCGAGCGUCACCAUACUCCGAAUCGUGAUGGCCGCCCCCGGUCCGUGCAUGACGGGGAGAGACCUCGUCAUAGAAUGUCGGAUGCAUCAAAUGACGAUGCCCGCCGACGCAAAUCGGGCGAGAACGGUAAUUCUUCUUCAAAGGAAGACAUGUCUCGUCUAUUUUUCAAACCAAUCCGCGAAGAUCUUCGACGCGUCUCCUCGGUCACAAAGGAGAAUUAUCCGAGCAAAACCGAGCGUGCAUCCGAGCUUCGCCAUCUCCUCCGCAAGAUCGGAGAUUUCAUCCGCCGCACUUUACAAGGCGAGGGAUCUCUUCAUUCCCUCGAAACCCGCCUUUGGCACUACGUUGCGGUCCACUAUUGGCCCAACAAAGACGCCGGUGGUUCGAAACUCCAGGAGAUGUAUGACAAGUUGCUGGCGGCUCAGCGGGCUGCUGCAGCCAAAAAAGCCUCAUCGAACGGGGCCUAG